UCAGACUAAAGAGAGGAACAGUACUCUUUUGAUUUCGUUUCUGGAGUUUUCAUUUUUCUUAGAGCUUCAUCCUUACAUUCUCAAAGGAAAACCAGAAGUGAGUGAAGAAAGAAGCGCUAAAAAAGAAAAAGAGAAUUCUUUUUGUUGAUUCGAUUGAAAAUCACGUGGCAGCUGGUUUUGCCACUGGACCCGUUCACAGAACAAGGAGUGAGGUCAUCCUGUAAUUCAUUCUUCCUUGGUGGAGUGGCUCCAGCGUUGCAGUUAGCCAUACUCUGAAGACACAAACACACACACACACAGCGCGACAAUGGUGGCCGGAAUGGUGAUACCCUUGGCCGACUUAAGGACCAUCUACGAGCUCCUGUUUCGCGACGGUGUCAUGGUGGCCAAGAAAGACAAGCGGCCUCAGACCAAGCACCCGGAGAUCCCCAGUGUUGGAAACCUGCAGGUGAUGCGUGCCAUGGUCUCCCUGAAGUCCAGGGGCUAUGUGAAGGAGACGUUUGCCUGGAGGCACUUCUAUUGGUACCUGACCAACGAGGGCAUCGUGUACCUGCGCGACUACCUCCGUCUGCCGGCUGAGAUCGUCCCCUCUUCCCUGCAGAGGGUUCGUCGUUCAGCGGCCACCUUGCCUGUCGUCCAAAGGGCAACACGGGGGGUUCAAUCAGUGGAGGGCCCGACGUCGUAUGUCCCCAAACCUGGCAAGGAAGAGAGUCGGGAGGCGAUGGCGGAGCGCCAGGGCUACCGUCAUAAGAGGAUGGUCACAGCCGAGGAGGAAGGCUCUGACUGGACCCCAAGGUUCAGAGGUCGCCCAGUGUCUGCAGAGUCAGUCAGACCAAGAGCAUCAUGGGAAUCUGAGGCCCAGCCUCCACUCGGGAAGGGACGGGGUUUCCGUGCUGAGACUUCAGUGAUAAAGGAAAGUCAGGUGAAGAGGGUCUCCACGGUUACCUUUACUCAGACCGCUGAGGAUAGAAGCCGUAAACCGGCGGUGACCUCCCAGGAAGAGAUUACCACCAAGGUCCACACAGAAAGGUCCAAGGUGCAGAAAAUCUUCACUACAACACAUGAUUCACAGGGCAGCAACUGGUCUGUCUCUUCUAAAACUGCAGUAGCUGCAGCUGCAGUAGCAGGGGCUACAGUAGCUGGGGCAGUGAAGGUCUCAGCAGAAUCUUCUUCCACUAAAGUGGGCAAAGAGAAGCCCAAGAAAGCUGAAAUGGUGACCAACUCUGAGGGGACCCUGAAAGUCUCUGUUGAACCUGUCACCAGCAAGCCAGUCAUACCAGCAACACUGCCAACUACCAAAGAGAAGAAAGAAGAGAAGUUGAAGGGGCUGCCAGAACCUAAGAAAGCUACAGAAGUGACCAUCCUCCAGGAAACCCCCAAAUUCACAGCUGAACCCCCUGUGUCAUUCAAACCUGAGAGCACUUCUUCAUUACUGUUGUUUAAUGGUGAUGACAGUGUUGUCACUGAGAAAAUUAUUGAAAAGAUUAUCAAUACUGAAACAAUGGUGAUCGAAGAUGCAUCCAAAUUGAAGAAGGAAAAAUAUGCUGGAGAAAUUGAGAAAGCCUUGAUUGCUAACAAACCACCUGUCAAGGUGCCGCCAGCAAAGGACCAGAAUACCCUUAUGGAGGAGGCACUGGAGUGUCCUAAAACCCUGUCAGCUAUCACAUCAUCAAGAAAGCCCAAGGGACCAGAGUCCACUAAAGAAACCAAAGCAAGUGUUCAAAUAGAACCAAAGUCUGAGGUUAAAAUAGAAACAAAAUCUAAGGUUAACCAGAAAAUUAAGCCUGAGAUUAGUAAAGGAACUAAGCCUGAGGUCCAAAAUGAAACUAAGCCUGAGGUUAAAAAGGAAACUAAACCCGAGAUUAACACAGAAACUAAGCCUGAGGUUAAAAAGGAAACUAAGCCUGAUGUUAAAAAGGAAACUAAGCCUGAGGUUAAUAAGGAAACAAAGGCUGAAAUUAACGAGGACACUAAGCCUGAGUUUUACAAGGAAGAUGAGGCUGAGGUUAAAAAAGAAACUAAGGCUGCAGUUAAAAAGGAAACUAAGGCUGAAGUUAAAAAGGAAACUAAGGCUGAGAUUAAAAAGGAAACUAAGGCUGAAAUUAAAAUGGAAACGAAGGCAGAGAUUAACAAGGACACUAAGUCUGGUGUUAUAAAGGAAACUAAGCCUGAGGUUAAAAAGGAAACUAAGGCUGAGGUAAAAAUGGAAACUCAGGCUGAGGUUAAAACGGAAACUAAACUAGAGGUUAAAAAGGGAAGGAAGCCUGAGUUUCUAGGCAAUACCAAGGCUGAGGUUCAAAAAGAAAUUGGGGAGCACAGAUCAGAUGGGGUUAAUGAGACUCUGGAACUGAGCAUCACUAAAGCUGUAGUAUGUCAAACUGCACCCCAGCCCAUUGCAGCCCCCCCAGUCAUUGUAAAGGAGAAGGAGGUGGCUGAGAAGACCAGUGUUAGUGAAGAGAAACGGGGACCAGCAGGCUCAUCUGAGGAAACCAUCAGAAUGACCUCAGUCACCCACAGCUCAGAGGUGAGUUUCUCUGUGGAAACAGUGACAAUGCAAAAGAGCAUCAAGACAGAGAUGUCCCAGGAAGCCCACAAACGUGUCCAGACGCAACACGCCCCAGUGCCCGAGGCUAAAGCCCCUGUGGAAACAGUCAUUUCUCCAAAGGCUAAAAAAGCAAAAAAGAAAAAGCAGCCUUCUGCCACAACGCCUGAGACCAGUACCACAAAACUGUUUGCCCCAUCUGUAGCUGAAACAUUUCCACAGGAGGUGUCAAUGAACAAGCCUUUCUUUAAGGUUAACCCCCUCAACACCUCUGGAGAGACAGUAAUAGAUGGCUCUCUAAAGAUGCCUUCUGAAAGAAUGUGGUCUGAGGAAACCAGCACGCUAGCAGCUGGGGCCCCUGCUUUAGACAAAGGGGAGGCGGAGCCUGCCCAGCGCUCGCCUGAAAAAAUCAAACGGGAGGACCCAAAAUCAAAAACAUCCUCCUCUGCCAGGGAAUCACCCGCUGCAGUCCGAGAGGCAGAGACCGCGUCAGUUGGAGCUGAGGCACGAGACAGCCUCCAUAUUGAGCAGGGCAGGGAGCUUCCCAGAGUUAUUGCACAACACUCAGGCACUCUAGAAGUGCAGAGCACAGAGCAGCAGAAGGAGAAACGUGUCUCUGUUCCUCCCAAGGCCUCGGACAAGAAGAAAGGCAAGAAACCCCCACAAACCGUUGCAGCCACUGCCCCUUUGCCAGAACAGCCUCACCUUGAGACUGACACUCAAGAGCAGUUUGUAGACGAGGCCAACAUGAGGAAGAAGAUAGUUGUGGUGGAGGAGGUGAUCGAGGUGCAACAAAUCACCAGCCCAGAGUCAGUGGCCGCUGGAGAGGUUCCUCCCCCUGUUGUACCGGACACAACAGGGGACGACCUGGACUAUGACGUCCUGCAGGCACUGGCCAUCGAACGGGCUCUGUUAACCGGUGGAGCGGUGGUCAAGGCAACCCCGGAGUGUGAAUGGGACCACUCUUUGGAUGAACCGGAGGGAAAGACCUUCCCCAACUUCGUAGAAGAUGAACGGGAUCGAGUACAGAAAAAGACCUUCACGAAAUGGGUGAACAAACACUUGAUAAAGCAUUGCAAAGCAGAGGCUCAGCGUCAUGUGUCCGACCUGUAUGAGGACCUGAGAGAUGGACACAACCUGAUCUCCCUCCUUGAGGUCCUCUCUGGGGACACACUGGUGAGAGAUGCGGUCAGGAACAUGCGGUUGCCCAGAGAAAAAGGCCGCAUGAGAUUCCACAAGCUGCAGAAUGUACAGAUUGCCCUGGACUUCCUCAGACACCGACAGGUCAAACUGGUGAACAUCAGAAAUGAUGACAUUGCUGAUGGCAACCCCAAGCUGACCCUCGGGCUGAUAUGGACCAUCAUCCUUCACUUCCAGAUUUCCGACAUCCAGAUAAACGGCCAGUCGGAAGACAUGACGGCCAAGGAGAAGCUUCUCCUCUGGUCCCAGCGCAUGACGGAAGGCUACCAGGGCAUCCGCUGUGACAACUUCACCACCAGCUGGAGGGACGGCAAACUCUUCAACGCCGUAAUCCACAAACACCAUCCCAGACUCAUUGACAUGAGCAAGGUGUACCGCCAGAACAACAUCCAGAACCUGGAGCAGGCCUUCAACGUGGCGGAGAGAGACCUCGGUGUGACUCGCCUGCUGGACCCAGAGGAUGUUGACGUGCCACACCCUGAUGAGAAGUCCAUCAUCACCUACGUUUCCUCCCUAUAUGACGCCAUGCCUCGGAUGGCAGAUGGAAUGCAGGCAAACGAGCUGGAGCUGCGCUGGACCGAGUACUACGAGCUGAUCACCAUCAUUCUGCAGUGGAUACGCCACCAUGUCAUUAUCUUUGAAGAGAGGAGGUUCCCCGGCAGCUAUGAGGAGAUAGAGAUCCUUUGGCGUCAGUUCUUGAAGUUCAAAGAGACAGAGUUGCCACCAAAGGAGGCCGACAAGAACCGUUCCAAACUCAUCUACCAGUCCUUUGAGAGUGCAGUGCAUGCUGGUCAGGUCAAGGUUCCACCUGGCUACCACCCCAUUGAUGUGGAGAAGGAAUGGGGGCGUCUGACUGUGGCCAUCCUUGAGAGAGAACGACUGCUCCGGAUAGAGUUUGAGAGGCUAGAGAGGCUCCAGAGGGUAGUGGGUAAAGUGCAGAUGGAGUCCGGUGUGUGUGAGGAACAGCUCAACCAGCUGGAGACACUGCUGAAGACGGAUAUCCGCCUCCUGAGUGCAGGGAAGCCGGCUCAGCACACGGCUGAGGUGGAGAGGGACCUGGACAAGGCAGACGGCAUGAUCCGCCUGCUCUUCAACGAUGUGCAGCUGCUCAAAGACGGACGUCACAUUCAGGCCGAGCAGAUGUACCGCAGAGUGUACCGCCUGCAUGAACGUCUGGUGAACCUGCGAACUGACUACAACCUGCGUCUCAAGUCGUCCAUGGUGACCAGCCAGGUGAUCCAGUCACCGACACUCUCGCAGCAGCAGCAGUCCACCAGGAUGCGUCCCGAGCUGGACGAGGUGACCCUGCGCUACGCCCAGGACCUGCUGACCUGGGUGGAGGAAAACCAGAGGCGCAUUGACGAAGCCGUGUGGGGCUUGGACCUGUCCACCGUGGAGUCCCAGCUGGGCAGCCACCGGGGCCUGCACCAAACCGUUGAGGACUUCCGAGCCAAAAUCGAACGGGCCAAAGCUGACGAGGUACUUGAUGUAAAGCGGGCAAAGAGCCAGCUAUCUCCAGUCAGUAAAGGAACAUACAGCCAAUACCUGGCCAAGUUGGACCUUCAGUACGCCAAGCUGCUGAACUCCUCAAAAUCUCGUCUGCGUAACCUGGACUCGCUCCAUGCGUUCGUCAGCGCUGCAACCAAGGAGCUGAUGUGGCUCAACGACAAAGAGGAAGAGGAGGUCAGCUAUGACUGGAGUGACCGCAACACGAACAUGACAGCCAAGAAAGACAACUACUCGGGUCUGAUGCGUGAGCUGGAGAUGAGAGAGAAAAAGGUUAAUAACAUCCAGGCCACAGGAGACAAGCUGCUGAAGGAGGGCCAUCCUGGCAGGAACACAGUGGAGGCCUUUACAGCUGGCCUACAGACUCAGUGGAGCUGGAUCCUACAGCUGUGCUGUUGCAUCGAGACUCACCUCAAAGAGAACACGGCUUACUACCAGUUCUUUGCCGACGUGAAAGAGGCUGAUGAGCGGAUGAAGAAGAUGCAGGAGGCGAUGAAGAAGAAGUAUAGCUGCGAUCGCUCCACCACAGCCACACGGUUGGAAGACCUGCUACAGGAUGCAAUGGAUGAAAAAGAGCAGCUGAAUGAGUUCAAGACUCACGUGGCUGGGCUGAACAAGAGAGCCAAGACCAUCAUCCAGCUGAAACCACGCAACCCCACCACUCCCAUCAAGGGCAAACUGCCCAUCCAGGCCGUGUGUGACUUUAAACAGAUGGAGAUCACCGUCCAUAAGGGGGAGGAGUGUGCCCUCCUCGACAAUUCUCCUCAGCCCAACAAAUGGAAGGUGCUAAACCGGUCAGGCUACGAGGCGGUGGUUCCUUCAGUCUGCUUCCUGGUUCCCCCCGUCAACAAGGACGCUAUGGAGAGUGUAUCCAGUCUGGACUCCGGUCACCAGUCAAUGUUGUUAAUGUGGCAGACUCUACACAUGAACAUGAAAAGCCUUCUAUCCUGGCAGUACCUGAUGAGAGACAUCACUCAGAUACGCUCUUGGAACAUCACCAUGUUCAGGACCAUGAAAGUGGAGGAGUACAGGCUGGUGAUGAGGAACCUGGAGCUUCACUACCAGGACUUUAUGCGUGACAGUCAGGACUCCCAGCUCUUCGGUCCAGGCGACCGCAUGCAGAUCGAGGGCGACUACACCAAGACCACCCAAUACUAUGAUAACCUGCAGCGAUCUGUGGAGAAAGGACAUAUGGUUAAAACUAGAGGUGAGCAGGACGAAUCCACGUGCGUGACCUACAUCACUCAGAUCAAGGACCUGCGUCUAAGGAUAGAGGACUGUGAGGCUCGUACACUGGCCCGCAUCCGCAAACCCGUGGACAAGGAUGCACUCAAAGAUUGUGCCCAGAAGACCUCUGAACAGAAGAAAGUCCAAGUGGAACUCGAGGGUAUCAAGAAGAACGUGGACCAGGUGGCUGUGAAGACCGAGGAGGUGCUGAGCACGGCGUCCCAGCAGUCCAGUACUGCCCCUGUCCUGCGCUCUGAACUGGACUUCACUCUGAAAAAGAUGGACAAUGUCUACAUCCUUUCCUCAGUCUAUCUGGAGAAGCUAAAGACUGUGGAGUUGGUCAUCCGCAACACGCAGGGGGUCGAGGACGUGCUGAAGAAGUACGAGGACCGCCUGCGCGAGGUUCAGACCGUGCCCAAUGACGUCAAGGAGGUGGAGACUUACCGCACCCAGCUCAAGAAAAUGCGUGGAGAAGCAGAGAGCGAGAAGCCGUCAUUCGACGCGCUAGAUGACGAGCUCCGAAAGGCUGCCAUCGUCAGCGAGAAGAUGUCUCGUGUACACAACGAGCGUGACGCUGAGCUGGACCACUACCGCCACCUCCUGUCCAGUCUCCAGGACCGCUGGCUAGCUGUGUUCUCCCAGAUGGAGCUCCGCCUGCGGGAGCUGGAGCAACUUGGUCGCCAGCUGGGCUACUACAGGGAGAGCUACGACUGGCUCAUCCAGUGGAUCAGCGACGCCAAGCAGAGACAGGAGAAGAUCCAGGCAGUGCCCAUCAGCGACAGCAAGACUCUGAAGGAGCAGCUGGCCCAGGAGAAGAAACUGCUGGAGGAGAUCGAGCAAAACAAAGAGAAAGUGGAUGAGUGUCAUAAAUAUGCCAAGGCGUACAUUGACACUAUCAAGGAUUAUGAGCUCCAGUUAGUAGCCUACAAAGCACAAGUGGAGCCUCUCUCACCCUUGAAAAAAACCAAAAUGGAUUCUGCUUCAGAUAACAUCAUUCAAGAGUAUGUGACGCUAAGAACACGCUACAGCGAGCUAAUGACUCUGACCAGCCAGUACAUCAAGUUCAUCACCGACACACAGCGCCGCCUGGAGGACGAGGAGAAAGCUACUGAGAAAAUGAAAGCGGAAGAGAGGAAAAAAAUGGCUGAAAUGCAGGCUGAGUUAGACAAACAGAAGCAGCUAGCGGAAGGUCACGCAAAGGCAAUUGCUAAGGCGGAGAAAGAGGCUCAAGAAUUGAAGCUCAUGAUGCAGGAGGAAGUCAACAAGAGACAAGUUGUCGCUGUUGAUGCAGAAAAGCAAAAGCACAAUAUCCAGCUGGAACUGCAUGAGCUCAAAAACCUUUCAGAGCAGCAGAUCAAAUCCAAAAGCCAACAAGUAGAAGAAGCCAAUCAGAGCAGAGUUAAGAUUGAGGAGGAAAUCCGUAUCAUCAGGAUACAGCUGGAGACCACACUCAAACAAAAAUCUACAGCAGAGGAUGAGCUGAAGCAACUUCGGGAAAAAGCAUCAGAAGCUGAAAGGCUAAGAAAACUUGCACAGGAGGAGGCUGAAAAGCUCCGCAGGCAAGUCAAUGAGGAGACCCAGAAAAAACGCAAGGCUGAGGAAGAGCUCAAGCUCAAGUCUGAAGCUGAAAAGGAGGCUGCCAAGCAGAAGCAGAAGGCUCUGGAAGACCUUGAGAAGCUGAAGAUGCAGGCGGAGGAGGCAGAGAGGCAAAUGAAGCAAGCUGAAAUAGAGAAGGAGAAGCAGAUCAAGGUUGCCCAUGAGGUGGCACAGAAGAGUGCUGCCGCUGAGCUCAAGAGCAAGCGCAUGUCCUAUGUUGAAAAGACAUCCAAGCUUGAGGAAUCACUCAAAAUAGAGCAUGGAACUGUCAUCCAACUACAGGAGGAGGCAGCCCGUCUCAAGAAGCAACAAGAGGAGGCUGAUAUGGCCAGGGAGGAGGCGGAGAAGGAGUUAGAGAAAUGGAGGCAGAAAGCCAACGAGGCCCUCCGUCUGAGACUCCAAGCUGAGGAAGAAGCUCACAAAAAGAGUCGUGCCCAAGAGGAUGCAGAGAAGCUUAAAGAUGAAGCUGAACGUGAGGCAAAGAAGAGGGCCAAAGCUGAGGAGUCUGCCUUGAAACAGAAGGAGAUGGCUGAGCAAGAGCUGGAAAGACAGAGGAAGUUAGCUGAGGGAACGGCUCAGCAGAAACUCUCUGCGGAACAGGAGUUAAUCCGGCUAAAGGCAGACUUUGACCAUGCUGAGCAACAGAGAUCCCUGCUUGAUGACGAGCUGUACCGACUGAAGAAUGAAGUCAGUGCUGCUGAGCAGCAAAGGAAACAGCUUGAAGAUGAGCUUGCUAAAGUGAGGAGUGAAAUGAAUGUACUAAUAGAGUUAAAGUCCAAAGCAGAAAAAGAGAGCAUGUCCAACACUGAGAAGAGCAAGCAGCUCCUCGAAGCUGAAGCUGCAAAAAUGAGGGACCUUGCUGAGGAAGCAGGCAAACUUAGAGCCAUCGCUGAGGAAGCCAAGCGACAGAGGCAAGUUGCUGAGGAGGAGGCAGCUCGUCAAAGAGCAGAAGCUGAACGGAUUCUCAAAGAGAAGCUUGCUGCUAUUAAUGAGGCAACUCGCAUGAAAACUGAAGCAGAAAUUGCACUAAAAGAAAAAGAGGCUGAGAAUGAGCGACUCAGACGAAAAGCUGAGGAUGAAGCUUACCAGAGGAAGGCUUUGGAGGACCAAGCCAGCCAGCACAAGCAAGAUAUUGAAGAAAAGAUCAAUCAGCUUAAGAAGUCAUCUGAGAAUGAAUUAGAAAGACAAAAGACACUUGUUGAUGAAACUCUCAAGCAAAGACGAGUAGUUGAGGAGGAAAUUCGCAUUCUCAAACUCAACUUUGAGAAAGCCUCAUCUGGCAAGCUUGAUUUGGAGCUGGAGUUAAAUAAACUGAAAAACAUUGCUGAGGAAACACAACAGAGUAAACUCCAAGCUGAAAAAGAGGCAGAGAAACACAGGCAACUUGCCUUGGAAGAGGAGAAACGUCGGCGUGAAGCCGAAGAAAAGGUUAAAAAGAUAGCAGCUGCAGAGGAAGAAGCAGGCAGACAGUGCAAAAAUGCUCAGGAUGAAGUGGAGCGGCUCAAAAAGAAAGCAGAAGAAGCCAGAAAGCAGAAAGAGGAUGCUGACAAGGAAGCAGAAAGACAGAUCCUUGUAGCAAAACAAGCUGCACAAAAAUGCAGUGCAGCUGAACAGCAAGUUCAAAGCGUACUUGUCCAACAGAAGGAGGAUAACAUCAUGCAGAAAAAGCUCAAAGAAGAGUAUGAGAAGGCAAAGAUGCUUGCAAAAGAGGCAGAGCUUGCCAAGGAAAAGGCAGAGAAGGAGGCUGCUAUUCUUCGUCAACAAGCAGAGGAUGCAGAACGCCAAAAACAGGCAGCAGAACUGGAAGCAAGCAACCAAGCCAAAGCUCAAGAGGAAGCAGUGAAAUUGAGAAAGGAGGCAGAGUUUGAAGCUGCCAAGCGGGCACAGGCAGAAGCAGCUGCAAUAAAACAGAAACAACAGGCAGACGCGGAGAUGGCAAAGCAUAAAAUGCUUGCAGAGCAAACAGUGAUGCAAAAGGCUCAAAUAGAGAAAGAGCUCACAAAAGUCAGACUUCAGCUGGAAGAAACGGAUAAGCAAAAGUCUGUCUUGGAUGACGAGCUGCAGCGUCUAAAGGAUGAAGUCGGAGAUGCUAUCAAGCAGAAGGCCCAGGUGGAGGAGGAACUAUUUAAAGUCAAGAUUCAGAUGGAGGAGCUUGUCAAACUGAAACUCAGAAUUGAGCAGGAAAACCAGCGUCUUAUCGAAAAGAACAAAGAUAAUACACAGAAAUUCCUGGUUGAGGAAGCUGAGAAUAUGAAGAAACUUGCAGAGGAGGCUGCCAGACUCAGUGUGGAAGCCCAGGAGGCUGCACGCAUGAGAAAGAUUGCUGAAUCUGACCUUGCACAACAGAGGGCACUUGCUGAGAAGAUGCUAAAGGAGAAGAUGCUUGCUAUACAGGAGGCAUCUAAACUUAAAGCAGAAGCAGAAAUGCUUCAAAGACAGAAGGACCUGGCUCAAGAACAGGCCCAGAAGUUGCUUGAGGAUAAACAAUUGAUGCAACAGCGUCUUGAGGAAGAGACUGAGGGCUUCCAGAAGUCCUUGCAAGCUGAACGCAGGAGACAGCUGGAAAUCACAGCUGAAGCUGAAAAAUUGAAAGUCAAGGUUUCUGAACUUAGUGAUGCUCAGUCCAAAGCAGAGAAUGAGGCCAAGAUAUUCAAGAUGCAAGCAGAUGAGAUUAGUGCCCGUCUUCACCAAACAGAGCUAGCAACCAAAGAGAUAUUUACUGUUGUGGAAGUCCAGAAAUUGAGCAGCAGUAGAGAGUCUGAUGAGCUACGCAAAGCCAUCGCUGACCUUGAAAUGGAGAAGGCCAAACUGAAAAAGGAGGCAGAAGAUCUGCAGAAUAAAUCUAAAGAGAUGGCCAAUGCACAGCAAAAACAAAUCCAACUUGAGAAGACGGUACUCCAGCAGACCUUCAUCACAGAGAAAGAGGAGCUUUUGAAGAAAGAGAAACAAAUUGAAGAAGAGAAGAAGAAGCUGGAGAAUCAGUUUGAGGAGGAGGUCAAGAAGGCUAGGGCCCUAAAAGAAGAACAGGAACGCCAGAGGAAACAAAUGGAGGAGGAGAAAAAUAAACUUCAGGCUACUAUGGAUGCUGCCCUCAACAAACAAAAAGAGGCUGAGAAGGAAAUGCUCAACAAGCAAAAAGAGAUGCAGGAGCUUGAAAGGAAAAGAAUUGAGCAAGAAAAGCUGCUUGCUGAGGAGAACAAGAAACUUCGUGAAAAACUGCAGCAACUCGAGGUCGCCCAUAAAGAACCUGUCUUCCACACCAGAGAAAUUGAUAUCCAGACUGACCAUGUACCUGAGGAUGAACUGAUCCACAAAACCGAGGUGGGGACAACCAAGCAGGUUAUUAAUGGCCAAAGUGUUCUGGAUGAGGUUGACAGCAAGAAGGAUAAACUGUCAUUUGAUGGCAUUCGCGAGAAAGUACCUGCAAGCAGACUUUAUGACGUUGGACUUUUGUCCAAAAAGGAAUUUGAUAAACUGAAGAAAGGCAAAACAACUGUGGAAGAACUCAGCCAGACUGAUAAGUUAAGAACCAUUCUGAAGGGCACAAACUGUAUAGCAGGUGUCUUAACACAGUCUAAUCAGAAAAUGCCAAUAUAUCAAGCUAUGAAAGAGAAGAAGAUUACUCCUAGCUGGGCUUACAUCCUCUUGGAGGCACAAGCAGCAACUGGCUAUGUAGUAGACCCAAUUAAAAAUAAGAAACUCACUGUCAGUGAGGCUGUGAAGGAUGGCCUUAUCGGGCCAGAACUGCACAAUAAAAUGUUGUCUGCUGAGAGAGCUGUCACCGGUUAUAAAGAUCCUUACACUGGUAACAAGAUCUCACUCUUUGAAGCUAUGAAGAAGGACUUGAUUGACCGAGACCAUGCCCUCAGGCAACUUGAAGCUCAAAUGGCAACUGGUGGAAUCAUUGACCCAAUAAACAGCCACCGUGUGCCUAUUGAGACUGCAUACAAGCAGGGGCUUUUUGACACUGAGAUGAACAAGAUUUUGGAGGAGGUUUCAGAAGAUACCAAGGGAUUCUUUGAUCCUAACACCCAGGAGGAUGUAACAUACAAUGAGCUCAUGCAGAGAUGCAGCACAGAUCCUGAGACUGGACUGCUGCUCCUUCCCAUCACUGACAAGGCUGCUCUGAGCUCUGCUACCUACACAGAAGAGGAGACAAAGGAUGUGUUCAACAAAACCACUGUCUCUGUGCCAUUUGGAAAAUUCCAAGGAAAGACUGUAACCAUCUGGGAAAUAAUAAAUUCAGAGUACUUUACUGAGGACCAGAGAAAGAAUUUGAUUCGUCAAUACAAGACAGGAAAGAUCACAGUAGAAAAAAUCAUCAGAAUUGUAAUCACUAUGGUAGAAGAAAAGGAGAAGAAGAAUGAAAUUGCUUUUGAUGGUCUGAGGGCUCCUGUUCCAGCUACUGAACUUCUUGAGUCCAAGAUUAUUGACAAAGACCUCUACAAUAAGCUGCACAAAGGCAAUACAACAAUCAAAGAGGUGUCUGAAAUGGAACCUGUUCGCAAAGCCUUGAAAGGUACCAACUGCAUUGCUGGAGUAGUUAUUGACUCAACUAAGGAGACUAUGUCUUUCUAUGAAGCCAUGAAGAAGGAUAUGAUGAGAGCAGGACCUGCUUUAAAUUUGCUGGAAGCACAAGCAGGAACAGGAUUUGUUGUUGAUCCUGUAAACAAUCAAAAGUUUACAGUCGAUGAAGCUGUGAAAGCAGCUGUCAUUGGUCCUGAGCUACAUGAAAAACUACUGUCAGCGGAGAGAGGUGUAACAGGCUAUAAAGAUCCCUACACAGGAAAGACAGUGUCUUUGUUCCAGGCAAUGAAGAAAGAGCUCAUUCCAAAAGAUCAAGGCAUUAGGCUCCUAGACGCACAGCUCACAACAGGAGGCAUCAUUGAUCCAGUGAAAAGCCAUCACAUCCCACAUGAUGUUGCCUGUAAACGAGGCUACUUCGAUGAUGAAAUGAACCAGAUUCUAAGUAACCCAACUGAUGAUGUUAAAGGAUUCUUUGACCCCAACACAAAUGAAAAUGUCACAUACUCACAACUGUACAAAAGAUGUGUCACUGACAAGAAAACUGGCCUUCAGCUCUUACCUUUGUCUGAGCAAGCAAUUAAUGCAAAGAAUGAGAAUACAUACACAGACAUCCAAACCAAGGAAGCCAUGACCCAAGCAACAGUGGAGCUGCAAUCUGGGCCACUCAAAGGGAAGAAACUGACUAUCUGGGAAAUUAUAAACUCUGAAUACUUUACAGAGGAACAGAGAUUUGACCUGAUGAGGCAGUAUAGGUCUGGAAAGAUAACAAUCGAAAAGAUCAUCAAGAUUGUGAUCACCAUUGUAGAAGAGAAAGAGCAAAAGAAACAGGAAAAAGACAACUUCAAAGGACUCAGAGCCCCUGUCCCUGCCAAGUCACUGCUUGAUUCCAAAAUCAUUGACAAUGCUACAUUUGAUAUGCUCCUAAAAGGCAAAAAGUCACCUAAACAGGUGAGUGAAAAUGAAAACAUAAACAAGUACCUCCAAGGCUCUGACAGUAUAGCUGGUGUCUACCUUGAACCAACAAAGGAAAAAAUCAGCAUUUAUCAAGCAAUGAAAAAAAAUCUUCUGAGACACAACACAGGUCUUUCACUUCUAGAGGCCCAAGCUGCCACUGGAUUCAUUGUAGAUCCAGUGAGAAACCAGUACUUUUCAGUAGAUGAUGCAGUUAAAGCAGGCAUUGUUGGUCCUGAGCUACAUGAGAAACUGCUCUCAGCUGAAAAGGCUGUCACCGGUUACAAAGAUCCCUUCACAGGACAAACAAUCUCUCUCUUCCAAGCAAUGGAAAAAGGUCUGAUCAUUAAGGAGCAUGCCAUGCCACUAUUGGAGGCUCAACUGAGUUCAGGAGGAAUUAUUGAUCCUGUGAACAGCCAUCGCGUUCCUAUUGAAAUUGCUUAUCAGAAGAGCUUUUUCAGCAAAGAAAUGGCACACGCCUUCUCUGAACCAUCUGAAGAUAACAAAGCCUAUUCAGACCCCAACUCUGAUGAGAAAGUAACAUAUAAACAGCUGAAAGACAAGUGCACUAGAGAUCCUGAUUCUGGCAUGAACCUUCUACCAAUUUCUAAGCCUCAGGCACCGACUGUGGUGGAGAAGACAUACCUCUACACAGAGGAACAGACGCAGAUAGACCUGGCUUCCACCAACAUUGACCUCCCCAGUUCUAUUGAAGCCCUUGCUGGAGGCUCAAAAACUCUCUGGGACAUCAUGAACUCAAAUCUACUUCCUGAUCAAGAAAGGAAGAAGCUGAUGGAUGAGUAUCGCUCUGGCAGUAUCACUAAAGAGCGCAUGAUCAUCAUCAUAAUUGAAAUUAUGGAGCAGAGAGAGAUCAUCACUGGUGAAACUGUCAAGUCAUGCAACACAUUCAGACGCAGGGUCACUAUUGAGGAGCUCUACAAUGCCCGCAUCAUUGACCUGGAGACAUUCAACCUGCUGAAGCAAGACAAGAGAAACAUCCGUGACAUCAUGGAAAUGCAAAGUGUAAAGCAGUAUCUGUUUGGCACUGGCAGUAUUGCUGGUGUCAUGUCAGAUUCCACUUCGAGGAUGAGUAUUUAUUCAGCAAUGAAGAGAGGUUUGUUAAAGCCUGAAAUUGCCUUUAGUCUCCUGGAAGCCCAAGCAGCAACAGGAUUCAUCAUUGAUCCUGUAAAGAAACAGACACUCACUGUUGAUGAGGCUGUUAGGAAAGGUGUGGUCGGCCCUGAGAUCCACGACAAACUUCUAUCAGCUGAGAGGGCAGUCACAGGUUACAAAGACCCUUACACUGGCAAAAUCAUCUCUCUCUUCCAAGCAAUGAAAAAGGACCUUGUUCCAGAAGAGUAUGCUUUAAAAAUGUUGGAAGCGCAGACUGCCACAGGAGGCAUAAUGGAUCCCGAAUUCUACUUCCACCUUCCGGCAGACAUCGCCACACAGAGAGGAUUUAUCAACAAGGAAACAUAUGAAAUGCUCACUGAUGAAGUAAAGGGAUUUGUUGACCCUGUCACUGAAGAGAAACUGUCUUAUGCCCAGCUACUCAAGAGAUGCAAGAUUGACCCUAGCAGUGGGAUGCGGUUGCUGUCACUGGGAGACAAGAGAAUUAUGUUCAAGGGUCUCAGAAAAGAGAUCACCAUAGAGGAGAUGUUACGCUCUGAGAUCAUUGACCAAAAUACAGUCAAUGAACUGAAUGAAGGUCUGAUUUCAUUGGAAGAGGUUAGCAAUAGACUCCGAAAAUACCUUGAGGGCACAAGCUGUAUUGCUGGUGUUUAUGUAGAGAGGACUAAUGACCGUCUGUCAAUCUACCAAGCCAUGAAAAAGAACAUGAUUAGGCCAGGGACUGCCUUUGAACUGCUGGAGGCUCAGGCUGCUACUGGCUAUGUCAUUGACCCAAUAAAAAAUCUCAAGUUGACUGUCAGUGAAGCUGUCAAGCUAGGCAUUGUGGGGCCAGAAUUUAAAGACAAGCUUCUCUCUGCUGAGCGUGCAGUGACUGGUUACAGAGAUCCCUAUUCCGGUAAGACAAUCUCCCUGUUCCAGGCCAUGAAAAAAGGGCUCAUCUUGAAAGACCAUGGAAUACGUCUCCUUGAGGCUCAGAUUGCCACUGGCGGAAUCAUUGACCCACAAGAGAGUCAUCGCUUGCCAGUAGAGGUGGCCUACAACCGUGGCCUGUUUGAUGAGGAGAUGAAUGAGAUUCUCACAGAUCCAUCAGACGAUACCAAGGGUUUCUUUGACCCCAACACUGAGGAGAACCUGACCUACCUCGGACUGAUGGAGAGGUGCAUUACUGAUCCACAAACUGGCCUUGUUCUCCUGCUCCUAAAGGAGAAGAAACGUGAGACAAAAGCAUCAUCCACAUCCUCUGUACGCAAACGCAGAGUGGUCAUCGUGGACCCAGAGUCCGGCAAAGAGAUGUCUGUUUAUGAGGCAUACAGAAAGAAACUCAUUGACCAUCAGACAUACUUAGAGCUUGCUGAGCAGGAGUGUGAGUGGGAAGAGAUCACAAAGACAAGCUCUGAUGGCGUUGUCAAGUCCAUUAUCAUUGACCGACGGUCAGGAAGACAGUAUGACAUUGAUGAUGCCCUUGCACGAGGCCUCAUCGAUCAGACUUCUCUUGAUACAUACCGCUCCGGAAACUUGGCCAUCACUGAAUUUGCUGACAUGCUCUCUGGAAACAUGAGUGGCUUCCGCUCCCGGUCAUCCUCUAUCAGUUCCACUUCAUCUUCUUACAAUCCCAUGAGCCCAAUACCCUCCAUUAGACCACCUGCCACAAUAUGGAAUGACCCCACAGAUGAGUCUGGCCCUGUUGCUGGAAUCCUGGACACAGACACUUUGGAGAAGGUGUCAAUAACUGAGGCUAUGCAUAGGAACCUUGUCGACAAUAUCACAGGCCAAAGACUACUCGAGGCACAGGCCUGCACAGGGGGCAUAAUUGACCCAACAACUGGGGAACGAUUUGCUGUUGCUGAGGCAACCGACAAAGGGCUUGUGGACAAGGUGAUGGUGGACCGUAUCAACCUGGCACACAAAGCAUUCAUUGGAUUUGAUGAUCCAAGAACCAAAGUAAGGAUGUCUGCUUCCCAAGCUCUUAAGAAAGGGUGGCUGUAUUAUGAGGCUGGGCAACGUUUCUUGGAAGUCCAAUACCUUACUGGUGGGCUAAUUGAACCCAACGUUGAGGGCAGGGUCUCGCUGGAUGAAUCUAUCAAAAAGGGCACAAUUGAUGCCCGCACUGCUCAGAAGCUAAGAGAUGUGAGUGCUUACUCUAAAUACCUGACAUGUCCCAAAACCAAACUGAAAAUCUCCUACAAAGAUGCCAUGGAUAGAAGUAUGGUUGAGGAAGGAUCUGGCCUGCGACUGCUGGAGGCCUCAUCACAGUCAACCAAAGGCCUUUACAGCCCCUACAAUGCCAGCAAUUCUGGUUCUGCUGCUGGCUCACGGUCUGGAUCAAGGACUGGAUCCAGAACAGGAUCCAGAAGAGGCAGUUUUGAUGCCACAGGUUCUGGUUUUAGCAUGAACUUCUCAUCCUCCUCCUACACCAGCUCCUCCAGUUACGGUGGCCGCAGAUACAAUGCAGGACCUCAUACUGGGCUCAACAUUGAUGAGCUAGCACAAGCUCUUACAGCUCUAGCAGUGAUCAGGCCAUGCAGCUCAGAACAAGGAGCCUUUGCAAUGAUGAUACCGAUCCACACCACAGUUGCAUAAUUACAGGAGAAAUAUUUUGAAAUUAGAAAAACAUAUAAUUUAUUUAUUCUGCUCUGUGUGGUCACAUUAGGAAAUGGCUGGAAGUACUGGAAUGCAGUUCCUUAUAUAUUAGUUGUCCAAACCAAUGCCUUAUCUCUUCAGCCUUGAUUUCUCAAGAUGAGUAGUUACAUACAUAAAUAUAUUUUGUCUUUAUUGAUUAGUAUGUCAAUUUACAUUUUAAGAGCAAAUUUGGGGAUUUUCUUUUUACUUCAUAUAGUGACCACACCUGAUUAUAUAGUUUGCGUUAACACAACGUGUACACUUAUGCUUUCUGAAACUAAUAUAUGUACUUUGAACAGAUAUAUUUUUCCAAUUGCAUUUUUCUUUUUAAACUUAAGGUUAUUUUUUGUUUCUUUUUAUCUAUCUCUUUUAUCUAUUUGAUGAUGACUUGUACGCUAACAUAGAUAUUAAACUGACAUGUUUAGAAGAUAAGAAAAAAGAAAUGUCGCCAUAUUUCUGAAUGUCUGUAAAAAGUUUGACCUGAGUUUUUUGUCUGUUGAGAAAGUAAAAUAUGUUAUCUGGAAAAAAAUAUAUAGUUGCAGAACAGAAUAUGAAAACACUUCUUAAACACUGCAAGAAAACACUGUUGCAAUUUUCUAAGUUUGAUGAACUGCUUGCUUGCAAACAUCCCCAGUUAACAUUGCCAAUUAUGGUCAGUGAACAUGCCAAAGCCCCAAGCCAUCACCUUAUUUUCUUUACGAUUGCAUACUAUACCCACCAUUCACCCUUGGUCAAGUGUUCCUGGUAGACUAUCCUGAGAAGAUUUCAGGCUUCACCCUGCUUCCCCUGACAUUAGAGGCAAGGAUCUGCAUCCUGGAGGUUAUGUUGGUUCUUAUGGCUCAAUCCAUCAGCGUUCAAUGGGGAUGUGCAGAUACUCAGAUGGGCGUGCUGGAUGGGUCUCUUAAUAUGGAAGGCAUCUCUGUUAAACAGCAUCACCAUCCAGAGAUUCUGAUCUGCCAUUGAGUACUUCCACCUUUCUUCCAUUGUACCUCCAUCAUUUUUGCCGGCAGUUGAGGCUUGUGACCCCUGAUGUCUCCCAAGGAUACCAUACUAUGAACAAACUCCAUUAAUGUCUACAAAUGUUCCAACUUAAAUAAGACAAAUAGUUCCCAUAUUUUGGAUUACACCACUUAAAUGUAUAAAACACUAUGUUCAUGGACUUUCACUUGGUCAACCCCAUGAAUUUAAUAACAUUUUAAUAUCUCUAGUCCACAAAUUCUAAUUAACAUGAAUCACAACCAAGGUAAAUAGUUCUUGAGAACAUUUAGCAAUAUUUUGUAAGAAAUGCAAUGCAUGUACAUAUUUUGUAGGGAGAAUACGUUUCAACACAAUUUGCAACAUUUUUAAUAUUUCCUUUACAACAUAUAUUUUGAAGCUUUGUUAUUAUGUUACUUUUCAACCAGUGUUAUAGGUUUUGUUUUCCAUGCCAAGUAUGUUGUUUUCUUCUGCUUCUAGAAAAGAUUUUAGCUCUGUAAAUCUUUGUUUUAAUUUUUCAUCAUAUUUUUGAUAUCUAAUUUUAUGAAUUAUUGCUUUGCAUGUUCUACUAACUUGGUAAUAAUUAUUUGAUUUAAAAAAAAAAGAAAUAGGAUAUCUGCUCCUGAAAAACAUUUGUUAAAUGCAGUUUACAAGAUGUUUAAUCAAAACUAACUGGUUGGUUUUGCUCUUGAUCAGAUAUUUUGGGUUGAGUGGCAUGGUGAGUGGAAUUUGGUGUUUUGCGAAUAACACUUUAAUGUAAAUAAAUAUGCUAUAAAAAGGUUA